AUGCAAUAUUGUGCAGGUUAGUGACACUGGGGUUGAGGGGUUUGUACCAGAAAAUAGAAGAAAAGUCAAUGUUACUGAGAAUUUGUAAUUACAUGUAACAACAAGUGCUGAAAAGAAAAUAGAAUACCUUAUUAUUUAUUUGAUAAAGUGCCCAACCUCAAGUAACUGCCCACCUCCAAUAACCCUCCACCUUAUAGGCAGAAAAAAAAUGAAUUAUCUCCUAACCUCGAAUAAGUGCCUACCCCAUACCAGCUAGAUUGAAAAAGACUAAGUUCUACUAAAUUAAGAGACCAAGUUUUCUUAGUACAGUAUUUUAAAGGGGCUAUGUCAGCUGGAGAGCAUGCGCUCUGAGGUUAUGCAAAUUACUUUCAACUGUCAAAAUUCUAUUGUUUUUAACGCGUGACUUUCUCCAUGUGCGCUGUGAGGUUAUGCAAAUUACUUUCAACUGUCAAAAUUCUAUUGUUUUUUAAAACGCGUGACUUUCUUCAUGUUCUCUGUCACGUCCAAGGUUCCGAAUUUAGAGAGGUUUAGCGAAAUGGGUUUAGAUAAGGGAUAUUUCGAUAGAAUUUAUGGAACGUUUCUUCUCUGGUUAUGCUAGAUCAAGAAUAAAAUUGCGACGACAAUUUUACUUGUAGUUUUGAAGUAAAAACGCAUGCCAUUCAUAAAAUAGAGCGCAAACAAAAAUUCAACAACAACAUAUUGUCUUAUUCAACAAAAUAAAUGGAAGUUGUAUUUUACAAACGAGCUACAAAAGACGCUAGACCGAAGAUAAAGACCAAGACUGUUUCAAAUCAUUAACAAUUAGACUUGUCUGUCGCUAUUGAUUUUAUAAUUUAGAUGCUGAUAGAACAAGAGACCAAGUCUUUGUUUUGAUCUUAGGGAAACAUACAUUAUCGCGCAAAAUUGUUCGAUCGUGCCGAAUCACUGCGACGUCGAGAAAAACAGAACCCAGCAUCAUUGGUAUACUACUCCACUAUAAGCAGUCCGUUGAUAAAAAGGGAAAGCAAACUCUGCUAUUUUCCAAAAUUAUGCUCCAACACAAACAGUUCAAAAACAUGGCAUUUACAGGAUCUAACUCGUACUAAGGUGCCUCUCUAAGUCCGUUGAGAACAAUCUGGACGAGCAAACGGUCGUGUUUAUCUUUGCCGUGAAUCGAGAUAAAUACAAGAAGGAAUCUAGCCGAAUUUUAGAAUGUUUCCUUCGCCAGGAGUUUAGUUUCGUCACGAAACUCAUGGCCUGAUGCUCUUGUAAUAGUUUACAAAAAACGGCCGCCGCCAACUCGAUAGCCGCUUCAUUAUAUGUCCACAUACUUUGAGCACAAGAAAAAUCCAAGAGCCAGCAGCCUCUAAAAUAACUCAAUAGAAAGGUCCUGUGAACUAUAGGGAAGAUUGCAUCAAAGAUUCCAUCACUCAUUGUGGAGUAGCCGUCAUUAACUCUGCCAUUACAACGGCCGCUGAUAAGAGGACACAGUAAAUGCACGUAAAAACAUUCCACAGGCAAACAAUUUUAAAAUAACGCCAUAAAAUUGUUCUGUAAUCACCAUAGAAUGAUUCUUAAUACAAAACUUCGCUAACUAUCGAACGAUGGCUGAGAUUUAGACAGAUAAAAACAGCCUUCCAAAAUCUCCGACACAACUUGAAAAAGUUGGGCUGUCUUUUUCAAGUUUGUUUUCAUUGGCUCGCGCAUGUGUGUUGGGUGACAUAGCCCCUUUAAAGAAAUUUUCAAUGAACAGUUAAAAAUCUGCUGUGGAACUCAAACAAAAUUACUCUAUCUCCAACAAAAUUCCUUUGGUGAAAACUUUGAGAAUUCAUUAAACACCCAGCCCAAAUACACAUAUUAAAGUGACCAACUUGAAUAAUAACCCACUCUCAAGGUGCAAAACUUUAGUGAGCACCCAGGCAAGGCACUUAAUCAAAUAAAUAUGGUAUUUUGUUUUGGGACCUCUUCAUUGGAGUGGUACAUGCAGUCGCGUUUUCCAGUAGGUGUAGUGCUUGAUUUAUAAACACACAAGCUGUUUUAUGAAAACUGCAUUGACAUAAUAGAUUUGCAAUUAUUGAGAAUCUAUUUUAUACCAAUACAGCAUUACAUUUCAUUUCACCCUUCAUUAAUUCGGCUUUGCUUUUUCAAAAACACUGUAUCGCAGCUCCAGGUUUUGUCCAAAUUACCUUUAGUUUAGAUAAUAUUAUUUUGAACUACUGUGCAAAUUAACCUUUUAAAAAAAUAAUGUAUGAAAUAGCUGUACGUAUGAUCUGAAGAUAGUUUAUCUACAGUGUAUAUGUAAAUUGCUUUUAAUAGGGCUUUUUACUGAUACAGCAGCCAUAUUGAAUUAAUUCGAUUUAAGGAGUAUUAUAGGAUGCCCUGGGGGCAUGAGCACAUUUAGUUUGUAUUUUGGAGUGCUUUUCAGGACAUUUUUUCGUAUAGUUUUCUUAGAAUAAGAUUGUAAUGGGAAAAAAGAUUCUUGUGCCCUGUUUGGAUGUAAUAAUGAUCGCGUUUUUCUAGUUUAGCAUUAGAAAUAUGGUCUUUCACCGUAUAUUUCUUGGGAAAAAGGUGAUCAUGAUUACAUCCAAACACGGCACAAGGAUCUUUUUUCCCAUUACAAUCUUAUUCUAAGAAAACUUUAAGAAAAAAAUGUCCCGAAAAGCACUCCAAAAUACAAGCGAAAUGUGCUCAUGUCCCCUGGGCAUCCUAUAAUACUCCUUAUAUUGAAUUAAUUCAAUAUGGCCACCGUAUUGGUAAAAAGGUCUAUUAGUACCCUUAUUUUAUUCAGCUGUUGAUAAUAAUAAUGUUAUUGAGGACAAUCACCUGUCUUUUUCCUUCAAUUCCCAAUUUAUUUUUGUGCAUGCCUCACAGCAGGUAUGUCAAUGCCAGAAAUUUCAAACCCAUUGAAUUUAUUGGGUGGCAACAAGCUACCUUAAACUUCAAGGACACUUUGGAGGAUUCUUGCUGAUCUCAGCAAGACUGUUCUUUGAAGUGCAGUGCCAACUCAAUCCCAGAAUUAUUUGUGUUUUUUCAGUUAAACCUCCAGGUCUUCAGAAUAGUACCCAGUGCUCCAAAACAAAAGGGGCAACUUUUACACUUUCAUCUUCCACAAGUAGUAUCUUCACGCCAGAUGAAGAUACUAAGUCUUGUUGACUAUACUUGUUAUUGAUCUCUUGUUCGAUGUCCACGCUUUUGUCACAAGGACAUGCAAUAUCAGUGAUGAGACAAUUUUUGCUCUGUUGGUCCACACACACGAUGUCAAGGCGAUUGUGAUCCAGUUUCAUUUCUGUUUAUAUACAGAAAUCCGAAAGAAAUUUGAAAGUCUUAUUAUCCUUAACAUCACAUUAUUAUUAUCAUUAUUAUUGUUGUGGUUGAUGAUGUUAUUAUAAGCAUGGGUAGUAAAGAGGUUCAUAGACAUGUACAAAAAUAAACUACCUUAACCACUAUUUUGGGCUCUAAUUUGUGGUUAUUGCUCACUCUUUUCAAUGACUGUGCUUUGCAGAUUUUAGUAAAACAGAUGAAGGUGCGAACAGAUGGUUAAGGAGACCCUGCAGCAGCUAGAUGCCAGCUCCUUGAUUAAUUCUUCCAAACCCCAGAGUUUAAGGAGAUCCACCCAAACCAACCACCCUUUAGUUCACAUGCAUGGCCAUUGUCGUUGAUUAGCAGUGGAGCUAGUUGUCACACCAGUACAUCCUCCUCCACUGCAGCCUCCCUCCCCACAUUCUCCUUUACUGUAAGGAGUGGCAGUGAUGAUGGACAUAGGAUGGAGAAUGGAUGGAUUACUCUCUAG